AUGUUUCUCCCGAAGAAUCUAGAGAGCCCUAACGAGAAGGAGGCAAUGGAGAUGAAAGGGCCUCUUUCGCUUGUCCAUAGGGCUAUGGUGAAGAUGAUGCCUGUGCUGGUUUCUCUGCGCAACAACAGGAAGGUUGUGGGCAAGGUGAUAGCAUAUGACCGCCACUACAACUUGCUGAUGGAGGAUGCCAAGGAGCUUGGAACCAUGCGCGGAAAGAACAGGGGAAAGAAGAAGAGGCAGGGCUGCGGCUUCUCCAGGCGGCUUGGCAAUGUCUUUAUCAGAGGGGACACAGUUAUACUUGUUGCGGGGGGUGCCGGGGGGCUUCAGGAGGAGGGCCUGAAGAGCACCGAAGAUCAAAAAAGAGCAGAAGACGGGGAAGACGUCUAG